AUGAAGUUCUACACACUCUUCUCGCUAUUCACGGCCCUGGCUUCGGCCCUUCCGGUCAGCGAUGAGCAACCUCACGCCCUCGAGGCCCGCCAGUCCUUCAACCGAAACGACCUCGAGCGCGGCUCCUCCACCGCCUGCCCCCGCGUGAUCUUCAUCUAUGCCCGCGCUACCGGCGAGCCCGGCAACAUGAACAAGGGCACAUCCGCUGGCCCCGCCGUGGCCCGCGUCCUGGAAGCCAAAUACCGCAACGCCGUCUGGGUCCAGGGCGUCGGCGGCGCCUACCGCGCAGACCUCCUCUCGAACCUCCAGCCCGCCGGCGCAUCCGCCGCCGCCAUCGCCGAGGCCCGCCGCCUGCUCGACCUCGCCGCCUCCAAGUGCCCGUCCGCCCGCGUCGUCACGGGCGGCUACAGCCAGGGGUCGGCCGUCAUGGCCGGCGCGCUGGGCGGCGCGUCGCAGCGCACGAAGAGCCAGGUGCAGGGCGUCGUGCUGUUCGGGUACACGCGCAACGCGCAGAGCGGGGGCCGCGUGCCGGGGUUCCCGGUCGAGAGGACGAGGGUCUUCUGCCGGGCUGGGGACAUGGUCUGUCGGGGGUCGUUGAUGGUUGGGCCGGCGCAUUUCGGGUAUGCGGGUGACGCUGCGGGGCCGGCGCCGCAGUUUUUGAUUCAGAGGAUCGGGGCCUAG